GCAGUCAUAAUAUACAUAUAAAAUGUCUCCUCGACCUCUAGCGGGCGGCGUCUACGUGCCCACAGUAGCCUUUUUCGAUUCUACCGAAGAAGUAGACACAUCCACCACCGAAAAGCAUGCUGUCAACCUCGCCAAAGCCGGUGUCGCGGGAAUCGUCGUUCAAGGGAGCAACGGUGAAGCCGUGCACUUGGACCGCGCAGAACGCAAACUCAUCGCCAGCGUAACCCGCAAGGCUCUCGAUGCCUCCGGAUUCGACAAAUUGCCCGUCAUCGUCGGCACAGGCGCACAAUCUACCAGAGAAACAAUCCUUCUUUCCAAGGAUGCCGCUGAAGCUGGUGCGGAUUAUGUUAUUGCUCUCCCACCUUCAUAUUACAAGGGUCAGGAUACCUCUGCCUCUCGAAUUAAGUAUUUCAAGGAUGUGGCCGAUGCAUCCCCAAUUCCAGUUCUGAUCUACAAUUUCCCCGGAGCUGCUAAUGGAGUUGACCUGAACUCCGAUGAAAUCAUUGAACUGUCUCAACACCCGAAUAUCGUCGGCGUCAAACUCACAUGCGCCAAUACCGGAAAACUUGCCCGAGUCGCGGCCGGCGUCAAGCCUGAAUUUUUCACUUUUGGCGGUUCAUGCGAUUUCACCCUCCAGACUCUGAUUGCCGGUGGGCAGGGCGUUAUUGCCGGUACUGCCAAUAUCAUCCCUCGUACCUGCGUGCAAGUAUACAAGCUGUACGUGGAUGGUAAAGCGGCCGAAGCGCAGAAGUUGCAGGCUAUUGUUGCCAGGGCUGAUUGGGCGGGGAUUCAGGGAGGAUUUCCAGCUAUGAAGGCUGGAUUACAGGCCUUUUAUGGAUAUGGAGGUGUGCCGAGGCGACCGACUCCUGCGGCUGACGUGCAGGCUACCAAGGCUAGGUUUGAGGAGAGUUGGGCCGUGGAGCAGUCUCUUGCUUGAUUUGCCCUUUUCACUUUGUGCUGGUUUUUUAAGUAGGAUAGACUUCAUAUAGUAAUGUCACCAUAUUACUCUUAAGG